AUCCCUCUCUCCCGUCCUCCCCUCUCCUUCCAGCUCGUCUGCGACGACGGCAAUCCGAGUCUCUUCCCAAAUUUUACUGUACUACUAGUGGCUUGACUUUCCGAAGAAACUCGCGCAUAUCCUCCUCGUCGAUGACGACGAGCCAAGACGCUAGCCAAGUGCAGCGCUCUUCGGCUAGUGAUAAUGACGACAAAGGAAGUCGGAAGCGGCAGCAGUUAUUCCUUCAUCCAAGAUCAGAGCUGGAUCAUGGUGGGUCCGACGUCGAAGAUCUAGGUCUCAAUGAUUAUCUGCCACAUAUUCCUCUCCGACCGUUUCGUAAUCAAGUUGGUGGGCACAGCGCUAUUUAUAAGUUCACAAAGCGUGCAGUCUGUAAACCGCUCGUUUCACGCGAAAACCUCUUUUAUGAAGCCGUUGAGCGGGAUUCCCCGGAGUUGUUGAAAUUCAUUCCGAGGUACUUGGGGGUGAUGCUUGUCAAUUAUCGGCGCAUCCGCAAAUCGUCGAAUAAUCAGUAUAAUGCGCUGUCUCCAUCGUCUAAAGCGCUCAAUGGUCGUAGUAAGAGUCGCAGUGCUCCGAAUGUUCUCUCUGGGCAGAACGAGAUCCACUUUCCUCAGGCAUCUCCUGUGCAACGUUCAGCAACGUCGCAGGCGUUACGACGUGUUCCUACCUCAACAGAUGCCGUCCAGAAUUGUACGUUUCCUAGUGUGCCAGAGGCGGAAGAGACGGAUACGGAAAUGCCAGAGGUCGUGCUGGAUAAAAAUAGGCAUAUCAUCCCCGAGUGGCUUCUUAGAGGCGGAGGCGGACGUGGCGGACUCCUGCGUCAUUCGCAUUCCACCGGUUCUGGGAGCGACUUUUCACGUCAUCGGCUUCUGCGUGACCAAUUUGCGACUCGGACAGCAUCCAGUCCCGACCUCGUCCUUCCUGCUAGUCACUAUGCAAGUGGAGGUGGGGGGAUAUCCGCUGGUCUUAGCCCUCUUCUUUCUGUAAUGGAACCUUGCGCGAACGGUGCCGAGGAGUCGUACGAGCAAGAAUACGAAGCACGCACUCCGUCUUAUUCUCCAGAGGAUUUACAUGGCACAGGUCUUCUCGCUGUUCGAGACGGUCAGAAUGAAGGAAGUAUACCAGACGGAUCGCCUCGUCCCUCGCUUCGCUCUUCCGUGACGAGCCAGUGCUUAACUGCACCCAGAAGAAGUCUAUUUGGUGGAACAGGAUCGACAACUGUGAAUAAGAAGUUCAAGGAUCAUGUCUUCGAAAACGUUUUGCGUCGUCACUGCCGUCGGACCCGAAGUCAAUUUGACCAGCGUGCCGUACGCACAGACGACGAAGGCGACGUAGCAGAUGGAGAGUAUGAAGGCGGAACGUUCUAUAGACGUGCAAGGAAAGCUCGGCGACGACGUCCCGUACAUCGUUAUCACCCCUCCGUCGUCGAACGUCUUAAGGCGGAGGAGUGUCCUGCACUACGUCGUACGCAAAGCGACGACGAAGUUUCAUCCCAAACACACCGCCCUUGCGCGUCAGGGCAUUCGAUGCGUUACGAUGAAUUUCCCGAGCCAGCCCCUUGCCCUUCGCUAAUCGAGGAUGAUGCCGUUUCGUCCUCUAACGGCCAGACGAGGUCACCGCUAAUGAACGGUUUCUCUUCCACCCGUACUUUACGGGCCAGUCGUUCGCAACCUCGACAACCCCAGCUGCCACAUGAUCAAGCCUCACUCUCUCGGAUGCAGACGCACCCAUCCGAUGAAGAUUUCUCACGGCAGGAGCAUUUCAUCCUCAUGGAGGACUUGACAGGUCGACUGAAGAAGCCGUGUGUGCUCGAUCUCAAGAUGGGGACUAGGCAAUAUGGCAUAGAUGCCACACCUGCAAAGAAGAAGAGCCAGCGCAAGAAAUGCGACCGUACAACAAGCAGGAAGCUUGGGGCGAGGAUGUGCGGUAUGCAGGUUUGGGAUCGUGUUUCCGAAACUUAUCGUACUCAAGAUAAGUAUAGGGGUCGGGAGAUUAAAGCCGAAGAGUUCCGUUCUGUGCUUUCGUCUUUCUUACACGACGGCGGGCACUUCAUGGUGUACCAUAUCCCAUCUAUAUUGCAGAAGCUCUACGCUCUGGCCGUUAUCGUCAACCGCCUUGUCGGCUACCGUUUCUACGGAUGCAGCCUGCUAUUUAUUUAUGACGGUGACCCUGAGGCGCAGGAUGUAUGCCGAGCUGACAUGUCCGAACGUCCGUCUUCACGCAAGAAACGUGGCGAGUCAGUCGAAAGGAAUCAAAACAAUUCACGCAAGACCGCCAGAGCGUUGCGGCGAGCUCACAGUGCAGACCUCAUCUUGAGCGCGCCUGAGAAGCCCGAUUCUGGUACGAACACCUCUGUCAGUCCUGUUCGACAAAGACGCCGUGGCGAGGUGAAUGUACGCAUCGUUGACUUUGCCCAUACGACGACUGGAAAUGACUAUGCGAUCCUUCCUCCUGGCGAAAGAGAUAGGGCCGGAGAAGUAACGAGCGGUAAGGGCUAUCAGGCAGACGUUGACGCCGAGACUGGUUUGAUAUAUGCACGAUUUCCGCCUCAUUAUCCAGAGCAGCCUGAUCGAGGUUUCCUCUUCGGAUUGAAGAAUCUAGCGGAGGCACUGGAGCGUCUUUGGGACGAGGAACGCGUGCGAAGGAUGAAAGCCUCACGCGACGAUCCGUCAGCUAUCGCUCUGCAGCUGCCCCCUGUCAAUACGGAGGGGAAGGCGAUUUUCGAGGAGAUCUUCGGCCCCCGUGGAGGCGAGGACUUAGGGGAGAUCUCAACGUGAUUCCAUUAUAUGCUCUUCUCUAACAAUUCAUCCUAUUUCCGUUUAUCUGGUUUCUCCUCAUGUACGAUGUGACCACAUAUUGACUUGCAUUUUUCUCUAACCUCUUGACCACCGUAAUCAUAUUUUUUCCUGCCUUGGUCCCGUGCAUUGUGUUCCCUUUGUCUAUUCCCGUUGUCUCUCUCUCUCUCUCUCUCUCUCUCUUGUGCUUUCUAUAUAUGACAUUUCCUCUUCUCAUCCAAUAACUUGUCACUUCACAAAUGAACCUAGACGUGCAUUCU